UCGUGUGAAGUGUGUUCCUCGAACACUCGUGUGGUUUUUGAAACUCUGUCUUAUUCUGUUAUUCUGAUCAGUUCUCACGUAUUUCGGCGAUUCAAGUGCAAUCGAAAUUCGUGAUUCGAGAAUCGAAAAAUGUGAACUCAAGGCGUAUAUAUACGUCACUCUUCUUCUCCUCAUCCCUCUCUGAUCGAGUAAAACAGCGAUUGAGUUGUGUGUGGAGAUUGGUGAAGUAUUUAAAAAUUCAGAAGGAUUUAUUUAUAUAUACGCGUUGUAUAUUGCGUCUCUUCUGCUAGUUUGACAUUUCCGCGAUAUGGAUAACGUGUUUAUGCUCAGAUUGCGCCUUGCAAGGCAAAUUGGAAGAUACCGUCGCGCGGUUUGACAAACAAGUGACAGCGGAUUUCGGAGAAAUCAGAGCGCGUAAAUUCGAGCGAAAUAGCAAAAAUCACGGAUUGUAGAGAAAUCAUGACAUAUCGCGAAACAAAUCAGUGUCGCAAUUGAAACACAAACACCGGCCGAGAUAGUCGAUCAAGUUCGUUGACUUCGCGCCGAACGCUUUGUUGAAUCCUUUACCGCCGUGAUCACGAAGUCUCAAAGAUUACGAAAAGAGUGCGCGAGCUGUAGGUAUGUUCUCUCUCUGUCAAUGCCAAAUCCAUUAGUAUAAUACGGUAGUGAAACAUCGGUGUAUAAAAGUUGACACAAGUUAAGUGUGUGACAAUGAAUUUGGUCAGUGCGGCAACACGGAAGCAAGUCAUCAUGAUCGUGCUAGCGGUGUCAUUCUUGCUCUUUCAAGACCAUCGAGCAACGGGCUCCGAUUUGGCCUUGUUGUCAGGCACUCUGAAGACUUAUCAGCGCGCAGCGUGUGAAGAGGAAAUGAUGACGCUGAAAUGCCCGCCCGGCACAACCAUCUCCGUCGGAAAAGCCGCGUACAACAAUGGAACUCACGGCAGCAACAGAUGCAACUCCUCCUUUCUCCCGAUCACAGGGAACGGACCGACAAAUCACACGUGCAUCAUACCGGAGCUAACGCUGCAAUCGCUAGAGCAUACACUGUUGCAGAUGGUAGUCGGCGUCUGUCAGAAAAAGCGUCAGUGCAAAUUCAACACAAGUCUGAACACCUUCCGGAGCGAUCCUUGUCCCGGGCAGAAGGAAAACAUCUUGGUCACCUACAAAUGCCGUCCCUAUGAGUUCAGGAGUAAGGUUGCCUGCGAGAACGACGCCAUCAAUCUCGUUUGCAAUCCCGGUUACAGGGUGGCGAUUUUCAGCGCGUCCUUCGGUAGAACGCAAUACGAGUCCGUGCAGUGUCCACAGCCGCGAGGCGUCAUGGAGGAGACUUGCUCGAUAGACUUCGCUACGGAAACCUUAAUAAACUUAUGCCACGGUAAACGACGAUGUAUAGUAGUGGCUAGCAACACAACGUUUGGCAAAGCAGAUCCUUGCAGACCGGAGAGCAAGACCUAUCUCAAAGUUGUGUAUACCUGCGUUCCGAGAUCGGUGUUACGAGAUCAAUACGAUCAGGGCGACAGCGACUCGGACGAAGAGAAGUUGGAGCCAGAGGAAGGUUUCGACCGGGCCGACUUUAAGGGAGAGUUCAGCCCAAGUCCAAACCUCGAAGGACCGCAGUCGCAACCUCGCGACAAUGCCUCCGGAAAUUUUCCGACUGUUAGCUCGUCGCCGCCUCACGCGCGAACCAACGACGGUGAGCAUCGCACGUUGUUCGCGACAAAUUGCACGUUGUUAUGACAAAUUCUACAC